AUGCAAGAACAUCAUGAAUACAACUCGGGACAGAAAGGAGCUGGUUCCGCAGCUAAAAAGAUGAUCCCAACACCAUUAGGUCAACUCAACAAAGGAAGUAAGGGUUCCAUCGGCAGCAAUAUUCAUCAUCAUGGUGGAGGAUCGGGAGCAUCUGGGUUAAAAUUGGAGAGAAUUAUUGGAAGUACUGUCUACAACCAACAUUCGUUUCAAUUACAUCCAUCUGCAAUACCAAUGUCGGGAGCUCUUCCAUUAAUGAUAGGUGGUCACAGUAUGAAUUCUGAAAUUGUGGCCUAUUUGGCAGGAACUUUUGUCGUUCUUUACAAUAUUAAGAGAAGUAAGCAAUUGAAAUAUUUGGAACAUCCAACCUCAAACAAACCUUUCAGUUGUAUUGCAUUCUCCAAGGAUGGUCAAUAUUUAGCAGCAGGUGAGAGAGGGCCAAAGCCAUCCAUUGCCGUUUGGGAUUUGCAUCAAAUAUUUUCUCCCUCAAUGAAUGACAAUGAGAACAAAAACAACGAGCCCAAUGUGACAUUAGAGAAACCAAAAAUCAGUUUUGAUGUCAAGUGUAAGGAAAAAGGGCAUGAGCAUGAAAUCAAGCAACUAUGCUUCUCCAAAGAUUCUAAAAUGCUCCUAAGUUUAGGCGCAGAAAAUGAAUUGAAAAUUUGGGAGCUUGUUCCUGCCUCUGGCCAAUCAUCCGGAAGUGUCGGAAAGGGUGAAUUGAAAUUUUCAAAAAAUGUGGAUGAAACCAACGACAUUGCCUUGGCUCCAAACGAUGACAACGGUUUCAUCACAGUCGGAAAAGGUUUCGUGAGAUUUUGGUCCUAUGCAAGAACUGCUAAAUCAUCUCUAAUUUCUGUCAGAUCUGUAAUGUGUAAUCUAGAUGUUUGGAAGCAAGCAAAUUUUGUGAGUAUUGACUCUAGAGGAAAGAACGAACACGCAGAAGUUUAUGCCAUAACUGAAGAUGGAAUUCUCUGUAAAAUAGACCCAAAAUGUAAAGAGCUACAAAGCUGGGUGAACACUAAAGUACAAAAAGCCUUCGCCAUUUCAGUCUCAGACAAAUACAUUGCAACUGCCAGCGCAAAAGGAGUGGUUCGAUUAUUUGAAACCAAAACUCUGCAAUUCAAGAAGACACUGCCUGAGCCACCACCAUCCACCAGUCACGUCACAAUGAAAAGCGUCACCAAUAUUAAUAAUAGCUAUGUAAAGCCUGCGGUAUCAGAAGAUGUUAUUCCUCCGAGCGCACUUGCAUGUGGCAUUUUCGGUGAAAAAGUUGCAGUCAUGUAUGACGACAGAAGCUUAUUUGUUUGGGAUAUUUCAAAUCUUUCCUUAAUUUCCAAGUAUAGAUCGUUCAUUAGUCACUCUGGCUGUGUUUGGGAUCUCGAUGUUCUUCCUGCAAAUACCAAAUCAAGUCUUCCACCAGGAACAUUUGCCACUUGCUCCUCUGACAAUACAAUCAGAUUUUGGAAUAUCGAUUCUGAUCAAGAGGAGAAUAUUCGUUCUUCAGUUGCCGGUAAAAGUGCCUUCUGUAAAGAGCUACUUGCUGUAUUACACAUUCCUCCCAGUGUCAAGAACAUUGAAGGCGGUAUUAGAAGUAUUAGUUUUACUCCAGACGGAUCCUCAAUUAUUUCUGGUGACAAGCAAGGGCAUGUACGGGUACACGAUGUUUUCAACUUUGAUCCAAUUUACAAUGAAUUUGCACACGAGUCUGAAGUUUUAUGCUUGGACAGUCAUCAACUACCAAAUGGGGAUAUCAUUUUUGGUUCUGGCAGUCGUGACCGCAUGAUUCACCUUUACAAAAUGAGCAAUGGAAAUAUUGAUGUUGUACAAACCUUGGAUGAUCAUAGCUCCUCUGUCACCUCCCUUAAAUUUAGUUCCAGUACAACAAAAGACGGGGAAACUCUUAAAUUAGUAAGCAUUGGAGCUGAGAAGUCUGUAGUAUUCAGAAAAGUUGAAGAUGUCGGUAGCAAGAAGAGUGUCCGAGUCGUAAGAUACCAACAAACACCAUCACCUUUUUCUGUGUUUGAUCUGGAUGUUGAUAUUACUGGAAAAUGGGCAGUCACAGCUGGACAAGGAAAGAGAAUUAACGUUUAUGAUAUUGAAUCAGGAAAAUGUAAACAAUAUAUUGAGACAAAAGACAACAAACCUGUUAAAACAGGAGUUGAUAAUGCAGAUCCUUUAAAGGUUAAACUCUGUCCUGCUGGUAUUAUUGCUGUCACAAGUGCUUCUGACAAACAUUUAAGAGUUUACUCCUUCUACCGUAGAAUGCUCAUUUCCAGAGUUAAGGGUCAUGCUGACGUUAUUACUUCAAUAUCUUUUACACACGACCUCAAAAGAUUAAUAACUACAUCAGCUGAUGGCUGCAUUUUUAUUUGGUCCAUAGGAAGCAAUUUAACAAAACAAAUGAUGGAGAGAAUGGACGAAUUAGAAAAACUAAAGAGAGCAUCUAUGAGCAGCCCAGUUCCAUCAGCUCAUCACUUGCAACAACCUCUCACACCCAAGUCAAGCGAUCACGACAUUAAGAACGCACCCAUUGCUUUUGCACAACUACCCCCACCUCCAUCUGCAAGAGGGCUACCAUCCUCAGAGCUCGUCAAGUCGUUAAGCAAACAAUUGUUUGAUGUGGGUCAAAAAGAUGCUGCAGAACCUCACGAAGAGAAUGAACAACACUCCAAUAAGGCCAUUCCCUCGUCGCAACCAAUCUUACGAGAUACCUUGCUUCCUCAAUGGGCUAAAGGUGCCGGCAGUUCUCCAAAACCUACUGACAAAAAGGAUGACGAAGACAAGCCACUGUCCAAAUGGGCAGAAAGAGUGGUCGAAAAGGAUAACUUUAAACUUAUCGCUAAUAUUGAGGAUGUAGAUCGAUCCCUCGUAUCCAAUAAGCGAGUGACCACUCCUUCCGAUAGCAAUGAUAAUGACGAUAUUGUGAAUUUGGACGAAAUGCUCCAUCAAGAUCAAUCUUCACUUUUGCACAAGCACAAAGACCUAAUUGAAGAUCUCAGCGAUGAUGAAGAUUCAAAUGAUGAAGACAAUAUUAUCAUGUUUCCUUCAUCUGAAAACUGUGCUGACACCAGUUUUCAAGUUGCUGAGAACGAUCAUACUGAACUCGUUCAGGAUCAGCCUGCCGAAGAAAAGAACGAAAUUAGUCUUCUUGCUGACAACUUGAGUAUGAUACCAAAUAAUGGAGAAUCGAUUCAGGUAGGAGAUUUGGAAGCAGUGAGCGAUAGCGAUGAUGAAAACGAAAGUGACGAUGAGAAUGAGGUAUCUCGAAUGAUUUCCAAGAAAAUGGAAGAUGAUCUUGCCAAACCUGUGUUGAUCCCUUCAAUCCUUCGUAGCAGUAUUACUUCAUCCUUUAAGAUGACCAAGCAGGAAGAGGGAUCAUUCAAUAACCAAAACGCUUGUAAUGUAUUGCAAAACCCACCAGUGGAUGAAUCUGCAGAGAGAUUCUCUAUCGACACCAUUUGUAAGAAAUUAAGAGAUGGUCAUGAAGAUUCACAGCUUGAGAUUAUUGUUGAAGAAAAAAAACCUGCUGUUGUAGUCAAUACGAAAACUGAUAUUGAUCGCAAGCUCAAUGAGUUUAAAGAAUUUUUAGCCAAACACGAAGCUCAAUUGCCAUCCCAACUAGCAACUGAGGAUGUAAAAGAAUCCGAGAUAUCAGAUGAUUCAAAGAAUGACCAACCUGAAGGGCAACAUCAAGAACAAGAACACAGCACAUCCAAUAAUGACCACAAAACGUCAGAGCGUACUCUUGCGGUCGAAAUACCGGUUUUGCCAACCGUAGCUCAUUCAAGCCCACAGUUAGGAAAUCUUACUGAUGAGUCGCCCAUGGUAGAUUCAUCUGCUAUUAUGAACAAAGAUUUGUCUUUGAGUACAAUGGAAACACAUUCACAGUUGAUGGAUCAAUCUGACAUGGUUCAAAUUCAAACUCCAAGAGAGAAACCAGAACCAACUAAGGUGACCAAGAUUAAGAACAAUAUUGCAAAAUUGACAUGUGUAUUCGAAGAAACGAUCAAAGAAAUGGAAGAACUUUCCUACACGAAUACUGAUGGAGCUAUGGAAGCGAUUAACUCUUUCCAAAAGAUGGUAGCACAAAUGAAUGUAAGAAUGAGUCAAAGUGCCAGAUUGUCGACCUCUCAUUCACAUUUUGUUUUCUCAACUCCUCAACAAAGUUAUGUAUCCUCAGGAGCUCAUCAUUCAUUGCUCAAUGAAAGCAACGCCAGUCACGCAACAACCACAGUACCCCAACAAGUGGACGUGUCUGACAUGCUUGAAAGAUAUUCAUCAGUACUUAUUGACUAUAUCAUGAAAAAAGUGGACAACCAAAUGAAAUAA